AGAGCGGCUGGGCCUGCGGGGACCCAGGCCCCCCACGAACCACUGCGCCCCCCCGGCUGACCCCUCCCCGAAGGGGCGCCCUGAGCCCCCUGGGGCUUUGGGAACAGGCCCGCCUGGCAGGCGCUACUCCCCCCCUUGGCUGAGAAAGCGUGGGGGGCAGCUUCUCCCGCCUCGGUCCCCGCGGAGCAUCUUUCCCGGGCGGUGUUUUCCCCUCUGCCCCCCCGGGCCGUGACAGCCCAAUUGGGGUUCCCGUGGGUGGCGCUUGGGGUGUCUUUCGAUGCGUGGCGAUGCUGGAAUGCGCCCCACAACCGGUGGGGGCUGCUUCUCAGAAAAGGCCACUGAUGGCUCCCUACAGAGCGAAGACUGGACGCUGAACAUGGAGAUAUGUGACAUCAUCAAUGAGACAGAAGAAGGCCCAAAGGAUGCUGUUAGAGCUCUCAAGAAGAGACUGAAUGGAAACAAAAACUACAGAGAAGUAAUGCUGGCUCUCACGGUACUGGAAACGUGUGUAAAGAACUGCGGCCACCGCUUCCAUAUCCUUGUAGCAAACAGAGAUUUCAUCGAUGGUGUCCUGGUUAAAAUCAUUUCACCCAAGAAUAAUCCUCCCACGAUCGUUCAAGAUAAAGUGCUUGCACUGAUUCAGGCUUGGGCUGAUGCUUUUCGAAGUAGUCCUGACCUUACAGGGGUUGUGCACAUUUAUGAAGAGCUGAAGAGGAAAGGGGUAGAGUUCCCCAUGGCUGAUCUGGAUGCUCUGUCGCCAAUACACACUCCACAGAGAAGUGUUCCUGAAAUUGACCCGGCUGCCAACAUGCACAAGUCCCAGUCUCAGCAAAAGAUGAGCUCCAGCUCCUAUUCCUCUACCUCCCCUACAACUUUCCCGGGUUCUCAGGCCCCCGCUCUGAAUGUGGCCGGCCCCAUCAAAGCAAAUACAGAACAGAUCGCACGAUUACGCAGCGAAUUGGACGUUGUUCGUGGCAACACAAAGGUGAUGUCAGAGAUGCUCACAGAAAUGAUCCCUGGGCAAGAAGAUUCAUCAGACCUUGAGUUACUGCAGGAGCUGAACCGCACUUGCCGAGCUAUGCAGCAACGGAUUGUGGAGCUGAUCUCCAGGGUCUCCAAUGAAGAGGUCACGGAGGAGCUGCUUCAUGCUAACGAUGACUUGAAUAACGUCUUCCUUAGAUAUGAGAGGUUCGAACGCUACAGGUUGGGUCGAUCUGCACGGAACGCAAGUAAUGGGGUUCUCAGUGAGGUGACUGAGGACAACUUAAUAGACCUGGGCCCUGGUUCCCCGGCAGUGGUCAGCCCCAUGGUUGGAAACACAGCCCCCGCCUCUACCCUUUCUUCUCAGCUUGCUGGGCUUGAUUUGGGCACCAACAACGUGAGUGGGACCCUCAGCUCGCUCCCCCACAGCAAUCCCCGUGAGGACUUUGACAUGUUUGCACAAACGAGAGGCAGUUCCUUGCCAGAUCCGCGUAAGACCAUGACAAGGGAGGAGCCACAGGCAACUAAAGGACCAGCACCUGCCUCUGAUACCCGGAAACCAAAUUCCGGAGGGAGGAGAGGGAAAAGUGGGAGUUCACCCAUGGAGCCCAUAGACAAGUGGCUCAUCUCCCAAGGAAUGAUUCCUGUCCCACAGUCCUCUGUCAUGGAGGACAUUGAGGAGUGGCUCAGUACCGAUGUGAAAGGAGAUGAACUGGAAGAAGGUGUGACCAGCGAAGAAUUUGACCGAUUCCUUGAGGAGCGUGCCAAAGCGGCUGAAAGGAUCCCCAACCUGCCCUCGCCUCCUCAGGAGGAGCCCGCACCGGCCCCACCGAACGCCCCCAGCCAAAGGAAGACGGAGCACUCCGAGGACGCCCUCUUUGCGCUGUAGUGCUCCUUCCCCUGGGCUCUCCCUGCUCAGGCGGCGGCAGCAGCGGCACAUGCCAAGCGCGACCCGGCUGGCGAUGGGCUCCCUCCCGUCCCCGGGUGCCCUUUUCUUUCCCCUGGGCCCCGGCCCCACUCCCCUAACCUUUGAAGGGCCUUGGCAGCAGUUCUGCCACUCGGAUAGCCGUGGUUUUCCCCUGAAGUCCCUCGCUCGCCUCUGCCCCGUUGAUGAUGCUGAGAUGUUUUUCCUUUUUUGUUUAAAAAAAAGAGAGAUCUGCACGACAACUCCCCCCCCCCCCGCAUAUACAAAAUAGCCACGCCGUCCAUCCUGGCUUUGCUGUAGGGUGGAACUACUCCAAAGCCUGGCCCAGGGUCCCUCCUGCAAGCAUCAGAGCAGACCUUCAGCGUCACCCUCCCAACUGUGGCUUUUUUCUCUCUCAGCUUAACUAGAAAAGCUAAUCUGAAGGAGGUUUGUUCCGGGAGGGUGGUCCCAGUUCUCACAAAGGCCCCAGCGUUGUUCAGCCUGCGCGGGGUCCGUCGGUUAGGGACCAGCCUCUCUGCAGGCUCCAGAGCGAGCCGGCUGCCUCUCUUUUCUUCCGUUGCCCCCGGGCUCUAGGUGGGCUCAGAGAUUCAGCCCCACCGUGGGGGGGGGGGGACAGGCCAGUGCGCCCCUCCAACUGUCUUUACUAGGAUCGUAUUUGUAAGGGGAAGAGAGGCCAGCCACAGAAAGGAUUGCUCUUUGCACUGGAAAUGCUAACCCCGCGCAGCAGAAUCUCUGGAGGUAGGAAACACUCCGUGUGUGGGUGGGUGGACGCAUGUGUGUGCAUGUAUGUUUGUGUGUUUAUAUACGUGUGUGUGUGUGUGUGUGUACGUGUGUAUUAAAAACUCUUUUGCAUUCAGAAUCACUAAAUGGCACUACAAUAUCAGUGGGAUUCUUUUCCAAACACUAGCGAAAAGCGGGGAACGGGGUCAUGGGGCAGUCCUGUUGAAAGGAGUGGGAUCUUCGGUACUCCCGUGACUCCAGUAUUUCAGUAGCAGGUGCACAAGAGCCCCGUCGGCUCGACUGGGACUUUAAUCAUUACCUCUCCCCCCACCCCGGCCCAGCCCAGUCCAGUUUGCACGCUUUCCUUUCCUUUCUUUCCUUUCUUUCUCAGAAGGUUCUUCUGCAGUUUUUCAUUCAAUACCGCUGUAUGUCCAGAACUUGACCGGGAAAGAGAUGCAGUUCUUUUUCAAAACACAUUUUCCACUUUGGGGAGAGAUGAUAGCCUUGUCCCUUUUUUAAAAAAUGGGCAAAGGUUUCUAAAGGGCACAUUUCUAUAGGGUGGAUGCCAUCGAAAAGGCUUUUAAGAGGGUGCAAAAAUAACUUAGUGUGGGAUAAGUGCUUCCUCAUGAAAUUAAAUUAAAAGGCGUUACCCUAAAGCACGGAGCAUCCUUGCCUCGCCUUCCCCCAAGCUGCAUCCAGGUUGUGCACCGUGGGCUGCUGUCCUCUACCCCAGGACCGGGGGGGACACUUCAGUGUUUCUGGGCAGAGGAACGGGUGGCUUCCCACCUGGGCAGAGCUGCUGCCAGCCCCGGAAAAAGGCUGCUUUUUUUCUCCAGGGCCCCCGUUCUUUGCUCGGAGACUUCCCCACUGCCAACGUCACUUGGCACAGACGUCAAGCCUGCCUUUAGCAGUCCGGGAGGUGGAGCGGAUGUUUCUUGGCAAUCCCGAUAGCCCAUCGGGCUCACCAAGCCCAGCAGGAAAAGCAGCUGUGGUGCUCAAGCCUGAACCACCCCUCCCCUCUUUGGGAUGACACUCGUGUGGGGCAGCUUCAGCGGACAGGGCAGAGGAGGAGUGACGGGAGCAAAGGAGGAAGAAAGCAGGGCUGACCUCCCCUGGGGAUUUGGGCCUAGAAAAGACAGCUUUUAGUUUUUCCCAGCUUGAUCCACAAAUCUACCCUCUUAUCCCUCUCACUGUGUCCUCCAGUUGCCCUGCUGUACUGUUUAUUACAGCCCAAAGACCCCCAAAUUGCCCCCUGCGCCUUUGCAACAGGUUGCCUCCGCAAGCGGUCAAGCUCCCGGGUGGUCUUCCUGGAUGCAGGCAAGCAGACCAGGAGUGCCACCUGGGCCUCGCUGACCCCCAGCUGAGAGCGUGCUUGCCCCACCAGUUCCUAGCCGCUGGCUGCCCUCCCUCCCCUGCUUAGCUCUAGGAACGUAGAGGAGAGGAAACCCGCCAGCCGUAAUUCCCACAGCAGCCUCCAGAAGCUCCACCGCUGGGAUCUGGCUUCAAGGGGGCGACACAGAAAGAAUGACGCGCUCUUGCUGAAAAUAAGCCACCACCCCAGUUUGGCAGCAAGAAGUCGGCUGGCGCUUUGACAGCUGUUCCCCUGGCAAACCAGCUUGCGUCUCGGGAGAAGAGCGAGGAGGCUCCCGUGGGCUCGCAUGUCAGCCGCUGCCCCGGGAGCCUCCAGCCCCUCGGCCUGGCCUCUUGCUGGCCCCCCCCUUUUCCCUGCAUCCUUCCACCAGCCUUCCAAAUGCUCACUCUUCUCCAAACACUUCUCCAGAGCAUCUUCCCUGGGUUUCCUGCUGGGUUGCAUUUUGUUGGUCUUCCCCCCCCCGCAAAAGACUACCUACCUGCUAAUUGUUCAGCGUAUCUCUUUCCCUGAAACCAGUAUCAUAGCAUUGCCAUCUGUAUAUUUAAAACUACAACAACUUCUCUAGAUGUCCAAAUUAAAAAUGGAUAAUAUUUAUUGACAGACAAUAUUCAACGUUUGUUUUAUUUGAGGAAGUUGAGGGGCGGUCAAAUGGAAUUCAUUGUUUAAAGAAAAAUGUAAAGAUAACUAUGUAAAAAUAAUAAUAGUAAUAAUAAUACUUAAAUCCAUUUAAAGCUGUCCUAGCUUCUUUUUCUUCCACUAGUGACAAUAUCCCUGAGAGCAAAACCAGCUGGGGGGUUUUGCAUAAGGUUGCAUUAAUAGAUAGAUGGUCACUUAACUCUCCUUUUGGAUGUGUCUGUGUCUCUGUACAUAUAUAUAUAUUUAUAGAUAUAGAUAUAUAUUGUUUCCGCAUGUGAAAAUCCUCUCAAUAAAAAAACCCAGUGCAAUCUGUAGAGCGAUAACGACUGGAACUCCCUUACCCAUGGUUUGGCUGUAGUAAAGCUGCAUUGGGAUUUUGUAGGCCUUUGAACACAAAGGCCAGAAGAAAUUGAUGCUGAACCUGAAAGGAUUUGAUACCUUAUUUUCCUUUCUCCCCGCUUUGCAUUUGCAAGAGUUCUUUCCCAGUUUUGGGGGGCAAGUGAAUUUUUUCUUUUUUAUUGUACUUUCCAGCUCUGCUUUCAGUCCAGAGCGAGCCACAGGGCAAGUCAGAAUAGCUGCGGGCCAGACACCUAAUCAGGCAACUCCUUGCAGCUUUUUUUAUUUGGCAAAGCAGUUGAAGCUGGGCCUUGUUUCUCAACUCUCUUCUGCACUAAUGUCUGAAGGAGGAAAGGAGGGCCCCGCCGAUCCCUUCUGGUUCAGCUUCCCGGGCGGUGCGUUGGGCGAGAGAGCAAUGCCUCUGCAGAUGGAAGAGAUGCUCCAGCAUCCAGAACCCUGUUGCCCAUCACAGGUACAACCAGUGCUGCCAAAACAGCAGAAAGCAGUGUGCCACGUCCUGUUUUCUCUAAUGCAACCAUGUUGUAAGGGGUGAGAGGACCUUUGGCUCCAGGAGCCUCCACCCCCUUCUCCCCUCCCCAGUCCCACCCUUCUUCUUCACCUGCCCACCGGCAGUGAGCAAAAUCAGGUCACCCUCUCUUCAGGGCCAGGCCUGCAAGGGCACCACAGCUGGUGCUGUGGACCGUGGCAAAGGACUUCCCCCCAGGAUGCCACAGAGAGGGCAGAAAAGCAACAGCUGCUUCUACCAUCUGCGUGCCAAAGUCCAUUGCCUCUGACUAUAACGGCAUUUUUCUGUCUGGCUAAGACACACCUGCUGGGUUUUGACCCAAAUCCAUCUAGAACAGUGUUUCUCAAACUUGGCCACUUUAGGAUGUGUGGACUUCAACUCCGUGGCUGGCUGGGGAAUUCUGGGAGUUGAAGUCCACCCAUCUUCAAGUUCCCAAGGUGGAGAAACACUGCGCCGGAGAGUUUUCCUUCCCAUCUCACCCCUGGAUUUCGGUGUUGCAGAAAGCUGCACCUGUUGAACUUCUGGGAAAGGAAUGGGAGAAUAAAGAGAAGGGGCGGGAUCCAAGACAAAGUUGAGAAGAACCCUUGCCUGAAGCAGCAAAACAAAAUCCCCCCGCCUCUCCCAUCUUUGCAGGUGGGUUUCUGAGCUUUGCAAGGACUUGGCCGGGGGCUUUCGAGUGACACCCUGCACUCCAAGAACCAGCCUUACCGCAUUUCCCAUGCUGCCCAGUCAACGCAGUUCUUCCCCACCUCCUGCAGUUCGGCAUCUUGUUAGCAGCAGAGCAGGCUGUUUCUUGCAAGUCCUGCACUGGGGCAGUUACUUAGGUUGCAACGCUGGCGCCAGCAAAUGUGCGAACGCACUUCCUUCUUGACCCUCCAAGUCCAGCC